AUGGUCGAGUGCAUAGCGCUCCCCCUAUCUGCCCUCCUCCCUCCGCUUGACUCUGACCAAACACGCGACAAGGAGCGGGAGGCGGCCGCGCGCGAGCGUCUCGGCUUCGACACGACCCCUUCCCCGCAAUUCACCGCAUUACCGAGACUUGCUGCAGUCCUCGGCCCGCUCCCACCUAGCGCACCGCUGAGCGUUGCAAAUGCGUUCCUCGAUCUUACUGACCUCGCGCUGUUCGAAACUCCACCUUUGCCACCCCAUCCUGGCUUGGCAGAACCUAAGCCGCACGUACUAGUCCUUACUGGAUCUCGAGCGGAUCUCCACCUCGCGCUGGAGGAGCAGGACGCGGCCUUUCUCCGCAGCCACUCUUACGCGCUUUUCGACCGCCUCCGCCGCACAGAUAUCCGGUACUGUCCCUCAGUGACGCAUCUCAGGCUCCUCCUCGCUGUCCUUGGCUCCGAGGGGUUGAAGGUGGCCCCGCCGUCCAUGGUGGUGCUGUACGAUGUCCUUGGGUUGCUGAUGGCGCCGGAGGAGCACGACGAGAACGUCCCCGCCGACGAGGAGAGGGCUGAGGACGAGGAGCCGGAACCAGUCAAGGUCCUCCGUCCCGGGGUGACGCUCGCGAGUUACCUCGAGCUUGUGGCGGCUGCUCUCGACAUCGCCCGUGUCGUUGGAGCAUCUCUCCUCAUCCUCGAGCCAGGCGGUGACGGCGUUGCGUUGCCCCUAAUCGCGUCGGCAUCUGAGACAGUCCCGCCGACCCAGCGGACGCGUACGGCCCAGCUCUCCGAUGGACUGCGCCGCCUAGGCAUCACGGUGGGACAAGUCAGCCGCCUCAAGACGGAGACGGAGUUGGCAGGUCAGCGCACUAGGGGCGCCAGGUACGAGUUGAAACUUGGCGGUGAGACGUACGCUUUCGCGCGCCGUGUUGGGACCAAGUCCGAAUUUGCAUGUCCGCCGCGCGAAGAGGGGGAAUCGCUCGAGGAGGGUGGAUGGGUGUGGGAGUGGUCAUGA